GUCGUCAUGCGCAUUGUGUGUCCUCCACUGCUGAAUCAAUGUGGUGUGGUGGUGGCGGCCAAACAACAAUAACGAACAGGCGAACGCCACCCUCGUCAACCCUCCGUCGGAUUUCGGUCGGUCGGUCCUUCACUGUGUCGCUGCUGUUGGGGUGGUUUUUGCUGCAACCUGUGCGAGCAUUUACCACCACUUGUUUGCUCGUCGUCGUCCUCCGUUGCGCGACUGUGUAAGGGAGUGGUAGCUGCUCGAAUUUUUCCUUCGGGGGGUGUUGGGUGAGAGUCCUUUUCCCGAUGGUGAUGGGAGAGUGCGCGGGGUGGAUGCAGAUAUGGUUGAUGCGUUUUCUCCUAGGGGUGAGUGGCUGCUGGGUGGGAAUGAGAUGGCAGAUGAAGGGUUCAUCGAGGGUGGUUUGGCCGUCUGAACGUCAUCCGAUCGUCGUCACUAUAUGUUUUCUUUCCUCUGUGAGCGCUGUGUGCUUCCUGUUCCUCUACGUUCUCGAUUUGGACCGUUUUUCCGUUCUUUCUCGUUGUAAAUGCUCUUUUCCGACGCUAAGUGAGUGGGCAAAGUGUUGCGAAGUGGUGGAAAGUGAAGUUUUGUGGAGUUUGACGGUGGAAAGUCAAGAAAAGCGAUUUUCCUGGGAAAGUGGGCGCAUUUUCGCACUGCAAUAGGAAAAAUGGUUCUCCGUCCUGGGCUCGGCGUAGUGGUGGCACAUUUGAGGGGUUUGUUUGUGUUGGUGUGGAAAAUCGAGCAGUUCGAGUGAAUGGUGAAUGGAGACCUGUUCGAGCUACCAACAACUUGUUAGAGGGUUUUCGUUUUGAGAAGGAUUCUACCGCACGGUGGUGUUGGUGCGGAAAACUCAUCUGUAGGUGGUCGAGUGUUGAAAUAGGCUAUAGAGAUUCGAGUUUGCAAGCAUGGCCGCCGGGCCCGGUUCAGUGUUUUGUUCUAUUCGGGAAGAAAACUGGUGAAAAAUGGAUCAAAGUUGAUCCGAGAGGACCGAUUGAGGUUCCUGAAGAAAAGGAUUUAUGUGUCGCUUGGAAGGAUUGUGAAAUCUGACUCCAGGUUGCCUUGAACGUCCCCCAGAUACGAAGGAUGAAGUGACUCAUGAAUUCUGAAGCUCGGUUUGUUCGUAGCUGUAAAGUGUUGUGUAAUUUUGCCUUGUAACUAUAGUAGGAAGCAGUUGGAAGAACAGGUCAAUUGGUAGUGUGAGAGGUUGCUCUUACUGAAGGACACCUGCUGGAUCCUCACCUGUUAGAGUUGGAUCCCGGAUAGCGGCGGCCAGUGCCAUGUCAGAAACCGUCGUCUCGUCAUCAUCGUCGCCAGCUACCGCAGUCUCCGCAGUGAAUUGGAAGGCGGACUGCAACCAACUUUCGGCUACUUGUUGCAUCGAGUUGUAAUUAUUUCAUACAUACAUUAGUGGAUGACACUGACUGUCCGGCAAACUCUCUCGAUGUGAACCGAAGCGAAAACACCUGUAAUACUGUAGUAAAUGAAAAGCAAUUGAAGAAAUCACGAAAAUACAACGAAAGCAAUACCCAUCCUGUGAAAAUGAAGAAAGAUAUAAAAGAGUAAUCAUCUAUCAUAGUAUCUAGUGCAAGUAGUUUGGAAAGCAAUUCUCCCCAGUUUUUACGCGUUACAAUCGAAGAUUAUAGCAAUAAAUAUUUUACACUCUGAACUUUAAAACUAGAAAUAAAUCAAUACCGCUACAACUAAAUCGAGUGGAAAGCGAUAUUCCCUUGUUCGUCCUGUGCAGAAAAGCAAAGUGUCUCCGAAGCACGUCGGAGGAAGUGGGGAACUCGCCCGAAACUACCCCAUAACAACAAGUGUUUUACGAUUGUUUUCCCUAAGCACAUAAAUAUACACAUUGACUCACCUAUAUUGGUCCCCUGUCGCCGUCCUGCGUCACCCUCCACAACACCUGUGACCACCACCACCACCCCCGACGGAAAACCACCACCCCCAGAAGCCGAGUCAGGAGCCGCAGUAGAACUCUCACCCACACAGCAGCGCAAUACAAACAUUGAAACACACCAAGGAAAAAUCAACAACAACUCGAACCAGGAGACCCAGCUCGAGCUCGAGCGAAAGAGCACCAGGUCAAGCCGUCUCGCUUCGGUGCACAUAUGAUCCACACCAAGACCAAGAGCAGCAGCACAGCCAGCAAGUGAAUAGCGAAUAGCUCCUCCACCCCUCGCGACUUGGUCGACGUGACGCGACGCAAGGAUCCGUGAGCCCCAUUAAAACAUAUUUCAUAAAUCCAACAAGUGUGUUGUUUUUCGGCGAGCGACCCCAUCCCACUCCCCCCGAAAAAAAAAGAAGAAACAAACCUCCCCCGACUUUCCGGUUUUUCCUCUUUCUAUCGAUUUAUUAGCCCUACACCUACGUGCGCUCGCGGCCAGGUAGCAACCACCUCACGCGGCCAGCACAAAUAACAUUAUUGGGACGUCGAGGACGACGACGACGACGUGGAUCAAUCCAAACAGCGACCGACCCGUCAUGCCUCGUUGCUACAUCGUCAAGAAGCAAAUAGCUGUCCCUCCGGCCCAACCACUACCACCACCACCGCCCCCAACACUAUCCAUUUCCACAUCAGCAGCUGGCGGCGGUGGUGGGGUUAUUCCCUACGGACGGCUCACUACUAAUGGCCUUCCCGUCACCAUCCACACCAACCACCACCAACCGCCGGUCUCCGGGCUGGGACUCGGACUCGGCAGCAACAGCAGCAACGCCAGUCAGAUUACGAUUAUCGGGGGUGGGGGAACCGUCGGAACCAGUGCAACGGAAGUGGGUAAUGUGAUUGUGAAGCACACCAGCAACGGCGGCGCGGUGGUCCCAGGGGGAGUGAUCUGUAGUCCCACUCCGGCGGCAGGACCCGGUAACAGCAGCAACACCGGAAAUGUGAUUAUACUGAACAGCGUUAGUGUGAUCAGCAGCAGCAACAGCAGCAGCGGAGUUGCGGGGCCACUGGGAAGUGUUAUUAGUGGCCUUGGUCCAGCGGCCAUCACUGGAGGAAUCACCGGGAGUACGGCCACCGGUGGAGUGAUACAUCGAAUAGUGGAUGAUACUGCGGGGCCUACGGGACCCACCAGCCCGACCGAGGCCUGCGUGGCGCCGAUCUAUUACACCAAUUUGACGGGCGAGAAUCAGAAUGGAUUCUCGAUUCAGCUAAGCGAUUACCGGAACGUAAAAUGUGAACCAACCAUCGUCGCAACCACCAACACCUCCUCCAACAGCAUCAAUAUAAAGACCAACAACAACAAUAACACCAUCAUCAACAGCAGCAAUGGCAUUAGCCACGUGAAAGCUAAUUCCUCAAGACAUUUAACGGUAAGUGCUUCCUCAAACCAUUCCGUCGUCAACCAGUCGUCGCCUUCGGCAGCAUCGACAGCAGCAACAGCAGCGGUGGCAGCAGUCUCAGCGGUACCAACGACGGUGCUAAAAUCCAGCCGUAGCCAUAAUAAUUAUCCGAAUAAAAGAGAACAACAGAUGUUAAUUUACACGCAGCCCCCAUCAGAUAAGAAAGCAGAUAAAUCACCCUCGCCUGUGACGCCCGUGGGCAUCGCCAACUCAUCUUCCACAGUCAGCAGCAAUGGCAGUAGCAGCAGCACAACAGGUCGUCAAUCGUCGUCGGCGGGCGGUUCGUUCCAGUACGAUGCCACGUCGCCAAUAUUCCGCGAUCGAAGCAUCGAAGAAACGGAAGCCGCCCAUGAUUUAUUGUCCUUAUCGCAGAGCCUACCCCCGCUUCCGGCCCCGUGCGUCGUAACAAUCCUUCAUCCCAGCACGGAACCGACCGUGAACUUUGUCACGUCUAGCAACUCAGGCAGCAGCACAACGCAAACCCCGCAAGUCACGGACGGUCAGCCGACAGCGACGCUCGUCCAGAAUGGCAGCAUCAUAAACAUCGUCGACGGCGGAAGCUACCAGUGUCCCCCGGGAUCUGGGCCGAUAUCGAUGAUUAUUCCGUGCUACGAAAUUACAACGACGAGUGUCCCCGUGGUGAAGACCAUCACGUCGGCCGCUCCGUUAACUCCACCCACAUCGGAGCACUCGUCCGACACGGAAAGCAACGGCUCUUCCCCAACCGGACCGCCGUCGGUGGUCUCAUUCGUAUCGUCUUCCGAUCAAUCCAUCAAGCGGAAAAAAGCUUGUCCCUCGACGACGCUUGUCGCACAAGGCAACAAAAAAGCCAAUCUCACGGUAUCCGAGCCGUCGGUGUCUUCAACAACCGUCCACCACCAGCCUCAGAACAAACCGGUAGCCGCAGAACUCUACACCUACGACGACCUCAUCUCCAGUGACGGUCGAUCGAAGAAUCGAAAGAAACCUACAACCAAUCCACCUCCUCCCGCAGAAACUCCCAACACUCCAUCAGACCAAAACCAACCUCCCGUAGAACCUCCAAACCCUUCUCCAACCGCCACUUCCCCAAAAGGCAAAUACCGGUGCCCAGAGUGCGGCAAAACCUACGCUACAUCCAGCAACCUCUCCCGUCACAAACAAACCCAUAGGUCCUUAGACUCCCAGUCUGCGAAGAAAUGCCAAACCUGCGGCAAAGCGUACGUCUCCAUGCCGGCCUUGGCGAUGCACCUGCUCACGCACAAGCUGUCGCACAGCUGCGGUGUCUGCGGUAAGCUGUUCUCCCGUCCGUGGCUCCUGCAGGGUCACCUCCGGUCCCACACCGGCGAGAAACCGUACGGCUGCGGCCACUGCGGAAAGGCCUUCGCUGAUCGAUCGAACCUGCGGGCGCACAUGCAAACCCAUUCGACCGAUAAGAACUUCGAGUGCCAACGGUGCCACAAGACGUUCGCGCUCAAGUCCUACCUGAACAAACAUCUGGAGUCGGCGUGCUACAAGGAGGACGACAUGGUUGGGGGCCGGAAGAUCUACCACAGCAGUCAGGACAUAGAUCGGGACGAGGCGCGGCAGAGGCAGCUGCAGCAGUUGCAGGACGAAAAUAGUAGCAUGACGAUUGAUGUGGUUACGACCACGACCAAUACCUGUAGUGGGUUCGAGGGGUUGAAAAGGGGUCGCUUGUUAGGGGAACAUCUGGAGGGCGAUGGGCCGCGCAGCGACGACGGCGCGGAUGAUGAAGAUGAUGUCGAUGAAGAUGAAGUGAUCGAUGUGAUUACGGCGUAAGGGAAGGGUUGGGGCGUGUUG